GGAAACGUCAUCAAGCUCGAGAAGUCUUCCUGCUGCUAUAGUUGUGCGCUAGCUGAGCAUGGCAGCGAAGGUAAUGAUAAAGAGGGCUGAUCCAGCAGAGCUCAAGUCCAUUUUUUUGAAGUAUGCCAGUGUGGAGAAGAAUGGAGAGUACUACAUGUCCCCAGAGGACUUUGCGUCCAGGUUCCUUCAUGCACAAACAGACAUAAAGCUUUCUAAGGAUGCCACUGUUUUACUGGCAGGUGUUGUGGACCAGACCAAAGAUGGGUUGAUCUCCUUCCAGGAGUUUCUGGCUUUUGAGGCGGUGCUGUGUGCUCCGGAUGCUCUCUUCAUGGUUGCCUUCCAGCUCUUCGACAAAGCUGGAAACGGAAUUGCCACUUUUGAGGAUGUGAAACAAGUUUUCGGUCAGACCACUAUUCACCAGCACAUCCCCUUUAACUGGAACUCGGAAUUUGUUCAGCUUCACUUCGGCGCUGAGAGGAAGAAACACCUUAACUACGGGGAGUUCACUCAGUUUCUGCUGGAGAUGCAGCUUGAACAUGCCAGACAGGCUUUUAUGCAAAGAGACAAGGCCAAGACAGGCACCAUCACCGCUCUGGACUUCAGGGACAUCAUGGUGACCAUCAGACCCCACAUGCUCACACAAUUUGUGGAGGAAUGCUUAGUUGCAGCGGCCGGUGGAAGUACGUCACAUCAGGUCAGCUUUUCCUACUUUAAUGGCUUCAACUCUCUGCUAAACAACAUGGAGCUCAUUAGGAAGAUCUACACCACCCUGGUAGGCAACCGCAAAGAUGUGGAAGUUACUAAAGAGGAGUUCAUCAUUGCUGCCCAAAGGUUUGGCCAGGUGACCCCUAUGGAAGUGGACAUCCUGUUCCAGCUGGCUGACCUGUCUGAGCCGAGAGGACGUGUUGGUUUAUUUGACAUUGAGAUGAUUGCACCUCUGGAGGAGGGAGCUCUUCCUUACAAUCUUGCUGAGAUUCAAAGACAGCAGUCUGGUGGGGAUGCAUCUCGCUCGGUUCUGCUUCAGGCCGCUGAGUCGGCGUACAGGUUCACUCUGGGCUCCGUGGCUGGAGCCGUGGGUGCCACUGCCGUGUACCCCAUCGACCUGGUGAAGACCCGCAUGCAGAACCAACGUUCUUCAGGUUCCUUCGUGGACGAGCUGAUGUACAAGAACAGCAUUGACUGUUUCAAGAAGGUCGUACGCUACGAGGGCUUCUUCGGCCUCUACAGAGGCCUUGUACCGCAGCUUCUGGGCGUGGCUCCCGAGAAAGCCAUAAAGCUUACAGUGAACGACUUUGUGAGAGGAAAGACUAUGAAAAAAGACGGCAGCGUUCCUAUACCUGCUGAAAUCUUGGCUGGCGGAUGUGCUGGGGGAUCUCAGGUGAUCUUCACAAACCCUCUGGAGAUCGUGAAGAUCCGACUGCAGGUAGCAGGAGAAAUCACCACAGGGCCACACGUCAGCGCUCUCUCUGUCAUCCGUGACCUGGGUUUCUUCGGCCUGUACAAGGGUGCAAAAGCCUGUUUCCUGAGAGACAUCCCCUUCUCGGCCAUCUACUUCCCCUGCUACGCACAUACCAAGGCGGCCCUGACUGAUGAAGACGGGCGAGUGGGACCUGGCAGGCUUUUGCUGGCAGGGGCGCUGGCGGGCAUGCCUGCCGCAUCCCUGGUGACCCCUGCUGAUGUUAUCAAGACCCGGUUACAAGUGGCUGCCCGUGCAGGCCAGACCAUGUACAAUGGACUCAUUGACUGUUUCUGGAAGAUUCUUCAGGAGGAGGGGCCUCGUGCCUUCUGGAAAGGAGCUGAAGGUAUUAAUUUCUUUAUCAAGACCCGGUUACAAGUGGCUGCCCGUGCAGGCCAGACCAUGUACAAUGGACUCAUUGACUGUUUCUGGAAGAUUCUUCAGGAGGAGGGGCCUCGUGCCUUCUGGAAAGGAGCUGAAGACAGGCUGUUUAUUCUUUCUGACAGGACACAGCAGAAUGUGAAGUUUCCUCAUCCAUCUUCUCUCUCCCUCUCUCCUCACCACAGAAAACCAGCUGGCGCAGAGCCUACUCCCAAGUCUCGGAUCAGCCUCCCGGCGCCCAAUCCUGACCACAUCGGUGGCUUCAGGUUGGCUGUGGCCACGUUUGCUGGCAUCGAGAGUAAAUUUGGACUGCAUCUACCACGAUUCCGAGCGCCUGCCGCCCCACACACAUCCACUUCAGCAGCACUGGAACCUUCCUUCUUGUUGAGAACAUAAAACCUUCAGCAGAUGAACUGGAAAUAAUGUUUUAUGUGAUUGUUAGUGCAAAUGACAACUUUAAAGUACAACAUUAGAUGGGAUGAUGUUUAAUAUUUUUUAAAUCUACCACAAAGUCUUGGAUUCUUCAGUGGGAUUGUAGU